GGCAAAUCCUCCAGGCCCAGCGCAACGCAAGAAAGCGUUUCUUCCCAUCUUUUCUCAAUUCUUCCCCCCUUCACGAAUCCGGCCAAUUUCGCCCCAAAUUCCUUCCUGCUCCCGCGAUCGAUCUCACCUGGCGUUCGUCACUGGGGAUGUCGACAUUGUUGGUAUUGAACAACGAACCUGGAAGAGUUGGAAUUUGUGCUUGCUAGGGGGCAAUGGUUUGACUGUCAUAAGGGCAUUGAUCACUUUGUGCAAAAUGAUAACUAACAAGGUUCUUAUCACAUACAAGAGGAAGCGCCUUUCAGCGAAUGCAAAACCUGUUAUUCUCAAAGCUGGUUCGUCAGUCAAGACUAAGGGAGAGCAUUGCUUUAGGUGUGGUAAUGUCGAUGUUAAUGAAAACCUGCUCACAUGCCAUAGAUGCUCUCAAAGCUACCAUCUUCGGUGCAUUGACUCUUCUGAGUAUGUUUCUGAAGACAGUUGUCUAUGCUCUGCUUGUACUGAAAAAUGCAAUACUGAGGUACUUUUACUGCCCCAAUCGGGCAAAAUAAUAGAAAAUGAAAUUGUUAAGGAACCUGUAAUGAGUUCAGUGAAGCUGGAUGACCAGAAAGUAUUGUUGCAUUCAAGAUCACCUGAAGAGAAAUUUACUGAAGAAAGUGCUUCCCUAAUGGAUCCAACUAUCAAGAGAAUAAACAUCAUUACAGAUAAUUUAGGUGCAGAUUUUGGAUCAACAGGAAAGGUUGUUGAAGAAGCUUCACGGUUUUUAUCAUCAAAUUUGGAGAGUGUAGGUAGAUCAACUUCUAUAGAUCUAAAUAGUUGGACCGAAACAGAUCCUAAUUCCAGAUUUUCAGAGAGUGUUGCCUUGGUAGUCAGUUCCGAUAAAAAAUGUGGCAUAGUUCUGAAUGAUGACUGCCCAAAAGAGAAUACCAAGACUCGCUUGAUUACAUUUCAUAGAAGAGUCAAAAAGAAACAAAAUGUAGGUGAUGAAUCGAUCACAAGGUAUUCAAUGGAUGAGGGCAAACAGAGUCAAGCUUGUACGCAGAGCCAUGAAUUUGGACAAGGCUGUAGAUGUGCUGACUCAACAGUAAUAUCGGAAGUAAGUGGGCCUAGUCAACUCCGUGAGGUUCAACAGAAUGCACAUGAUAUCAGGAAAGGUCAGGAUGUUGAAGCUAAUGGUGCUGAACUUAAACAUGUUGGAGAAGGUGAUGCAGCAGAUGAACAAAAAGAACUAUGUUUUCAGAGACCCCAUAUCAUGUCUCAAGAUCCCAUGCCUUCCCUACCUUCACAUGAUCUUAAUCUUCAAUCUGUUAACUUUGAUAGUUCAGCAAGUGAUGCAACAGAAGAACCUAUAUUACUGCACAAAAACAAGCAUUCAGGAAUAUCCAACAAUGUUACAUCCAUGACAAACAAGGGAACUGAAUUAGUGUUAGAGGAGAUAGGGAUGGUGAGUGGAACAAAGCUCUUUGCUCCCGUGCCUGUUUCUAUCAACUCAAAGCCAGGGAUAAAUCCUACUGUUUUUACGGCUGAAAACUUGCUGGAGUCACAAAAUUCAUCUCAGAAUAUUGAGCUUGUAAUUGUCGAUGAGGAAGCUAAUGACAAAGCUAAACCUUUAAAGUGGCUGAAAAUGCUUGACAAUGAAUUGGAGGCUAAAGGAGGAAUUGGCUCAUCCAAUCAGACGGAGAAAAACAGCAGAAAUUGCAGAGUUGGAUCGAAUGGAAGAGCUUCCUCUGUGAACCCUAUUGAUAUAUCCACAAAGAUUCAACUCCACAAGGAUAUGCCAAAAGAAUGCAAGAAUCAGAUAUCCAGAUUACAGGAUACACUCCAGAUUAGGUCCAAUUUCUCAAUAUAUGAAAAGCAACAGAAUGAAAGGACAUCAAACAACCCUAAAUAUACAGAUUUCCUUGAUCUUUCUCAUCCUUUGGAUUCUGAAGCACAUGAAGUUUCUAUGAAUGAUCUACGGAGCACGAUGGCGCCAGUAAGUGUCAAAGACACUCUUAAAUACAGUUGGCAUAAGGUGGGUGGUGCUGCAUCCCUAGAUAAGCUAUUGCAUGAGAGUGAUUUGAUUGGCUCACAAGUGUUGAAAGAGAGCACUUUCUUAGAUAAAAUUCAGAGGUUUUCUCACGAAUGGUCUGAGGAAGAAUUAGAUUCCCUUUGGAUUGGUGUGAGAAGACAUGGACUGAAUAAUUGGAGUGCCAUCUUAAUGGAUCCAAAAUUAUGCUUUUCGGAAUCAAAGGUCGCAGAAGACUUGGCUGAGCGAUGGGAUAAAGAGCAGCUGAAGCUUCUUAAUGGUGCAUCUUAUCAGCCAAGAAGACCAACUUCAGAUCUUUCAGUGCGACUUGGUGGGGGCUGGGAUGACAGUUGUUGGGGGCGUACAGCAUCAAAUAAAUUUUACAGAGAGAGAGACAUGGCAUGCUAUGAUCUACCGACACUAAGAGCAGAAACUAAACUUUCUCUAGGUGGUGUAUAUGGUGAGAGUGAGAACAAUACCAAGAGAAAUUUGCCUCAUUUACCAGGCUUUUCUGUAAACUCUCUUACAUUCAGAAAUUCCAUUACAAAUCCCUUUAUAGGAAGCAUCCCUACAUGUUCGAUUCUCCAAAGGCCAGGAACUGGUUAUCAGAAUGCUUUGAGUACAAAAUACCACUGGUAUGAUUGUGAACCAUAUACUUCACCGAAAAAAACAGUUGAAGCGGAAACUCCCAAAACAGGUACUACAAAUAGUACUCUUCCCCAUUGGCUCAAAGAAGUGUUGACUAUCCCUCAACAGCGCAGUUUUCCAGUGACUUGUGGAGUUUCAAGCUUAAACUCUGGUCCUAUGAUUAAUGCUGAUGAAAGACUCACUGUUUUUCCUAGUGCCAUUGAGCCUCCUGUUCGGCGCAAAGAUUACCGAGGAAGGGGAAUAUUGAAGAGGAAUAACAUUACCGCGAGAAAGAAUGCCAACGAUAUUAGGUUGUCUGAGAAUUCGGAAAAUUCUUUAUUGCAGAGUAGAUUCUCCUUCCAAUCAAAUGUGGGAUCAAUUCCUCCAAAACCCACACCAUCUUUCAAUACAGUUCCUCGAGCAAGUGAUGAUGUCUUAGAGCUGAAUAACACAAGUUGUGAACCUACCACACCAAGUAAUUUAGUAGUUAUCGAGAGUGAUGUGUCUUCCGAGGAAACGAUAUCAGAUGAUCAAGGAAAUAGGUGGUAGCUUGCCCCCAUUAGAAAUUAUCUCCAUAGUUAUCUGUACAGAAUUUUGUUAUGUCUGCCAAGUUUCCAUUAUGCAGCAAGUAUCUUGUACAGAGUUUUGUUGUGAGUUGUAAGUUCCGCUUUCCAUGCUUGACCUGUUGCUUUCUUGCCCCCUUGAUAUUCCUCUAUGGAGAUUGGCAUGUUGCUUCUGUUUUGGUCAUCCAGCGUUUCGUUCUUUGGAUCUUCCCUAUGUUGCUGUAUCGUUUGAGAUGAGUUUUUGUCAGGCAAGGAAAUGAAAGUUUAUCUAUUUACAUGAACUUGCUGGUGACCCUGUUAAAUGCUGUCAAUGGAAACCCUUUUUGCGGAAUGUUCUUUUAUAUUUUCCCUACUAUAUCUUCAGGAUUGGUGAUCAGUGGGAAUAAGAAACUCUAAAUAAGAUUCUAUUCCCAUCGAUCAUAAAAGAUAUCAGGCAAAAUCAUUGUAGCAAUCCUCCUGAAGAGUCUUCGAUUCGAAGUGCUUGCAAACUGGGACUGGACCGGACCAGACAUAACGGUUUAAACCGGGAUCAGGAGGAAGAUUCAGUCGGGUUUACCACAAAAACACAUGGUUAUGCAUGGUUAAGACUGGUAAAAAUCGAAAUAAAAUGAGUACCAGGUACCCUUAAUUCUUUGGCUUUUUUAGAAUUAUAACAUAUUUCACUUGUAUGAGAUUUGUAAUAUUUCUUUAGUUUCAAAUGAUUAGGAAAAAAAAGAUUUUUUUUAUCUUAAUAAAAAACACAUAUUUUGAAGAUUA